AUGGACCCCAGGGGGCCAGCCCCCAAGCCUUUCCAGCGGCCUGAGAAACCUGGUCGUGUCCGCCGUCGGAAGACCAGGCGGGAGCUUAACGAGGCCCUGGCGGGCAGUCGCCGGCCAUUGGCCCAUCACGAUCCUCCCGUGGCCAGUCGGGAUCCUCAUGUGGUCCUCCGGAAUUCUGUGGUGCCUGCUGCCCCCAAGCUCGUGGUCAUAACCCAGGGGCGCCUGAGCCGGGAGCACCGGGGUCUCUUCAACCACGAGGUGAAAUCUCUGGACGUGGCACGGCUGCUUAGCAGUGGGUCCCUGGAGUCAGGCACCCCUGCACUCCCCACCAAGUCCUCCCCAAGCCCAGGCAGGGCCCAAGAACCAGCCCCACCGUCAAGGGGCAAGGAAAACCAGGUGCCUGGAGCCUCGGGCCCAGGCCCACCUAGUCCCCCCCAGCUCCCUGGCUUGGGGCAGCUGCUGAGGGAGCUGCAAUGCCAGCUGAUUCUGCCACAGGCCUUCCCCAGGAGGAACCUAGUACAAGAGGCCAGGGAUGCCAUCGUGGGCACCUUACAGGCCUGCCAUGGCUGCGUGCCUGACCUUACUCUGGUGCUCCGGGGCUGCCAGCCACACUUGCCAGGGACCAAGCCUAGGGGCCCUGAGAGACAAAGGAUGACACCCUCCUGGAUCAACAGCCCUGAGGAGGCCCCAGGGGAGGGGAGGCAGAGGAGGCGAGAGGGGACAAAGGAGCUCACCUUCGCCAUGUCUCACACCGCCAGCACUUCUACUGUGUACCGGGUGAACCUGGCACCACCUAAAGGUCCCUGGCCACCCCCAUUGUCCCCAUUGCCUUCGCCAUCUGGGGCGGCCUGCGGCCCCCCAACAGCCUUUGAUCUGCUGAAAAGCAUCUGGCUGGUAGACACACCUCCCCCUCCCCGGCCCUGGGGGAUUGGCCCACCACAACCCCUGCCUCAGCCACCAUCACCCUUGUUGCCCCGAACCUCUGCCCUGGACUGGAGCCCCAGCCCCCCUGCCCCACUGCCCAGCCUCUCCUGGGUGGUGGCCCAGAGCAGCCCAGGGGCCUGGUGCUUUCCACCCAUGAGACUGUACUGAGCAGGCUGAGGCUGGG